GCGGUGACGUUGGCAAGGAUGCGCAAGACCUGCAGGAAAGGCAGGAGUCUCUGCCAGCCGUUUUGGCGGGGGCGGGAUCGUUGCCUUGUAGCAGCUUAGGUUUGGCAGGGGAGGCUUGGGUUGCGGACGAAGGCUUCCAGGAUGCGAUAAAUGGGGCGGUUGGGGAGGCCGAAGAGCGGGACCAUGAGAUGUUGCGCGGCAGCGAGGGCGGAAACGUUGGCGGGGAUACGCAGAACCUCCAGACAAGGCAGGGGUUCCCGCCAGCGCUUUCGGCGUGGGCAGGAUCAUUACCUCGUAGCUGUUUGAGUUUCUCCGGGGAGACUGGAGCGGCGGACGCAAGCUUCCACAGCGCUUCAGGGGUGGCUGUUGGGGAAGACGAAGCGCCGAAGCGUGAGGCAUCGCAUGCCAGUGAGGGUGGCAGGCGUCGCAGGAAUACGCAAGAGCCCCAGAAAAGGCAGGGGUCUUUGCCAGCCAGUGACGCGAGGGCAGUGGGAUUACCCUGGACCUCUUUGGGUUUCUCUCGGGAGGCUGAGGAGGCGGACGCGAGCUUCCAGGAUGCGAUAAACGGGGCGGUUGGGGAGGCCGAAGAGCGGGACCGUGAGGCGUUGCGUAGCAGCGAGGGCGGUGACGUUGGCAAGGAUGCGCAAGACCUGCAGGAAAGGCAGGAGUCUCUGCCAGCCGUUUUGGCGGGGGCGGGAUCGUUGCCUUGUAGCAGCUUAGGUUUGGCAGGGGAGGCUUGGGUUGCGGACGAAGGCUUCCAGGAUGCGUUGAAUGGGUCUGGUGGGGAGGCCGAAGAGCUGAAGCGUGAGGCGUUGCGUGGUAGCCAGGGGGGAAGGCUAUCUGGAGAGUUGCAGGAGCUCGGAGCAAGGCGGGGGCCUCAGCCAGUCAGUGUGGGGGCAGUCCCAUCACUAUGGGGCAUUUUGGGGUUCGCGGAAGAUUCUGUGGAGGCGGGCGAAAGCUUCCAGGAUGCAGUUAAUGAGGCUGGAGGGGAGGCCGAAGAGCCAAAGCACGAGGCCUCGCUUGGCAUUGAGAAAAGAUGCUUAUAUGGUGAAAGGCCUGAGGUGGGAGCGAGGCAGCGCACUCCACCAGUUGGUGCGUACGGGGCUGGUGUGUCAUCUUGCAGCCCUGUCAGUUUCUCUGGGGAGGAUGGAGAGGCGGACGAAAGCUUCCACAACUCCUCAGGUGUGACUGGAGGGGAAGCCGAAGAGCCGAAGCGUAGGACUUCGCGCGCCAGCGAGGGUGGCGUGAAUUGCAGGAAUAGGCAGGAGCCCCAGACAAGGCAGUGGUCCUUGCCGGCCAACGUGUAUGGGCCUUGUGCGUCCUCAUGCAGCAGUUUGGCUUUCGCGGGGAAGGCUGCGACGCCGGACGAAGGCUUCCAGGAUGCGGCAAACGAGGCUUCUGGGGAGGCCGAAGAGCCGAAGCGUGAGCUUUCGCGCGCUAGCGAGGGUGGCAAGGGUCGCGGGAAUCCGCAGAAGUCCCAGACAAGGCAAGGGUCUUUGCCAGUCAAUCUGGUAGAGGUUGCUCUAUUACACCGGAGCAGUUCGGAUUUCUCGCGGCUGGUUUUGGCACCGGAAGAAUGUUUCCACGAUGCGGUUGACGUUGCUGGAGGGGAGGCCGAGGAGCCAAAGCGUGAGCUUCCACUUGGCAGCGGGUGGAGAGGGUCAUCUGGAGAUACACCGAAGGUCACGACAAGGCGGGGCGCGCAGCCAGUCAGUUUGGAAGGGGUAGUUGCGUCACUGUGGAGCAGUUUGGGUUUUGCGUGGGAGUCUGGAAGAGUGGAGGAAAGCUUCCAGGAUGCGCUGAACGGUGCUGGAGGGGAGGAGGAAGAGCCGAAGCGUGAGGGGGCAAGCGUCAGGGAUUGUAGAAGCACAUCUGGGGACAGGCCGGAGUUAAGGGCACAGCCGGGCGUUCUACUAGUUGGUGUGGAUGAGGCAGUUUCUUUGCCUUGUAGCAGUUUGGCUUUUGCGCGGGAGGAUACAGCGCUGGACGAAAGUUUCCACGAUGCGUCAAAUGGGGCUGGAGGAGAGACGGAAGAGCCGCAGCACGAGACCCCGCGUGGCAGCGAGAGGAGAAGGUCUUCUGGAGAUAAAUCUGAGGUGGGGGCAAGGCAGGGGGCUCCGCCACUGACUGUGUAUGGGGCCGGUGCGUCAUCUUCCAGCCCUGUCAGUUUCUCGGGGGAGGAUGGAGCGGCGGACGAAAGCUUCCAUGAUGCCACAGGCGUGGCUGUUGGGGAGGCCGAAGGGCCGAAGCGUGAGGCGUCGCGCGCCAGCGAGGGUGGCAGAGAUCGCGGGAAUACGCAGGAGCCCCAGACAAGGCAAGAGUCUUUGACAAAGAGUGGGGGUGGAGCUUGUGUAUCAUCAUGCAGCAGUUUAGGUUUCUCGCGGGAGGCAGUGGAGUUGGACGAAGGCAUCCAGAAUGUGUUUGGCUUGGGUGUAGGGGAGGCCGAAGAGCUGAAGCUCAAGGCGUCGUUUGCCAGCGAGGGUAGAGCCCGUUGUGAUGAAACAGGGGAGCGAGGGGAGAGGCAGGGGACGCUUGUAAAAGGGGGGGGUUGCGAGCAGAACGUGGAACCACAGGAUGCUUCCAACGCCGCCUUCGGGAAUUCAGAAUCGCCAUCUGGGAGCAAUGGAAAUUCAAGUCUUGGAGAGUUGCAAACGGGGCAGAAGACGCUCCAGAACCGGACAGAGGCUCCUACAGGAUAUCCAAGACUGCGAGUGGCUUCCUUCAAUGGCGGGGCAGUAUCCGAUUGGUGUGAGUGCGCCCCAGAUGGUUGUGGCGAGGAUAACAAUUCAGAAAUGGAACAUUGUGGGGAAACUAUGCUUUCUACAGGCUCUCUAUAUCCGUCGGUCCGCAUUUUCCGUGAGGCACAUGGUUUCGGCUGUCGCGACGAUAAGACGCAACUCUUGAGUGGAGCCCAGUCUACAGACCACGAGCCACGGAAAAACUACGCACAACAGCAACUACGGCAGGUGCGAUGCCUAGGCGAGAAGGAACCAUCUGCCUUACAAAUCCCACCCAGCUGUCCUUUUGGGAGUCCCUCAAGACGCUCGGAAACAGUAUCUUCAUGUAACUGCGCUAGCAGCCAUGAAGUCUGCAACCGUAGGCAUGACGAUACUCUGAACAGCGACCGUGCAUUCAGCAGAGAUACAAACUCUUGCUGCAUCUGCAAGGCUACCGAACAGUACUACAUUGGUAGUAGGGGAAGCAGCGAGGGAAGCAGCAGCAGCAACAGCAGCGACCACGAAGGCUCUUGCAGUGGCAGUGAAUCCUGCAGCAGCAGCUAUGAUAGCAGCAGGAGCAGCUGCAGUAGCUGCUGCAGCGAGGAAAGAAGUGAUCAGAGUAGCGAGAGCGCCCAGACAAAUAUUAGCAGAGAUUCCAGUGUGUACGAAAAGUGGAGUUCCUGCAGAGAGUUUCCUAGCAGAGCCUUUGGGCAGGGAGGAGACGCUGAGCCUUCAUUAGGAGCUGCCAGCUGCCCGUUAUCGUCCCCUGUGGUGUCCAUUGCAUCGAGGGCCUUGUCGCAGGAUAACACCGAGCUUGACGAGGAGAGCAGAACCCUGCAUGAGUUGAAGAGGACUCAAGCGCAGAUAUCUCCCCGAUACGCAAAUUAUGAGGAACGGCCCACCGUGCUACCUCUGCACGUUGAGGGACUGGAAGGUAAAGAAGCGGCCCAGCGGCAGGAAGUGCAUGCGGGCAUUUGCGUCUCCUCACCGGUGCCGAGAAUAGUGUUUGCUUCCAGCUCCCAGGCAAGUCUCUCUUCGCGGCAGCCUCUGGGAGCGAGUCAUUGGUCGGCUCCUGCUUUGGGCCUCGCCGCUGCGCUUUCGUCCUUGGCGCAACUUGUGUUUACUUCACGGGAACCUUGCACUAGCCCCACCCGCGUCAAAGGCAAGGCACCUUUCCCACAGGCGAGAGGAGUUGUGAACGACAGGUUAACCGCUGCUGCGCCGGAGGAGCGCAUCCAGGAAGAGCAUCUUUCUGCUGACGCCCACUCUCGAGUGCAGGGGGCCUUUGGAGCUUGUCAAGAGAAGCUAACAACUAACGACGGUCGGCUUGCUGCUCGCGGGCUUGAGGAAGAUCCCUCCAGAGCAGACGUUGCUUCCGCCUCCAAUGCAGAAACUGGUGUGCUUAGGCGGUCUUUGAAGAGCCGCCUACGAGGCAGAUUCAUAGGCGAGCGAUUGCGGGAUGUACAACUGGACGGCGUUAAAAGUUUUCUCUGGCAUUUUGGUGCUGGAGUAGCACUGCGCGGCAACAGUGUGCCAGAAACAGCUGCUGCAGAGGAGUGUCUUGCUAUCCGGGAAGGAAGCGAGGGACAUCACAUAUCCACAGACGACGCUAAGAAGCGUUCCUUUAGCACCAGCACCAGCAGCUCCCGCAAGGGGAUCCAACUGAGCAAGCGGCAGAACGCUCUGACGAUGCUUCAUGGGUUUGGUAGAAAGGACUCAGCUUUAUGGCGCCACAGUGGAAGUUUGCAUCUGCCUCAUAAAGCCCAGUGGAUGUGCAGCAGUAUGCCUGCAGAAGGUGAACAGUUUACAGCUGAGCCUUGGCCCCUCGUUUUACCGAGGCGGGGAGCAACAUCUAGCAGCGCAUUUGGGCCGACCCAUUCAAACGUGGACAGACGGCAAAUUCGUGAAUCGUUUACUUCCAAGUUUUCAGAAGGGCUUGCCGAAGGUGGGGUCAACUCUUCGGGCCCCCGCAGCUCGGAUGGUAACUUAUUCAAAAGCUCCAUGUCAUCCGCAGAAAAAGUUUCAUCUUUCUCUUCUGAUAGGGGGGACUUGUCUAAACUUUAUGCUGUAGCUGACGGAGACAGGUCUUGCUUGGUAUACAGAACGUUGCCGUUAGCAGAUUCCAGAUGUGUUCUGUCUCGCAACAUGGAGAGACCUGUCGCACGAAAGAGGAGCAUCAGCUCUGAAGACUCACACUACAGCCAGACUGGCUGCGGGUGUGGACUCCAUUUAGUUCCGGAUGGAGCAGCAAAACGGCAUCUCACUGCUGAUCCCCCAGGGCGCAGAAGUUUCUCUGCCACGCACGUUGACUUCCAGUUCGACGGAAGGACGCAUACUCGAUGGGGUUCAUGGGGGACCCUGCGGACAGCCCAUGGAGGCGCUGCAAUCCCCCACAUGGAUUUUCAAAGGAUGCAUCCAGGGAAUGGCUACGCGGUACAGCCGACAAGUCCACGGCAGUCAGACUCGUCAGUGCCUAUGUUGGCUCGUGCCAACUCCAUCGGCUGGGGAGGUUCGGAGCCUUUGGAUAUGGCGGCAACACACCGUAUUCUGGAGAGUGCAGUGGAAUUCGCUCUGCAUAAACAACCACAAGGCAGGGCUUGUCAAAUAAGUGGAGACCGGUUGAGGAAAGAAAAGCUCAAAAUGCUGUUGGGGGGAGCGGGAGAUAAGGAGCCCUCCAAGGCGCGCAGACCGGGAGUUCCGGCCUCCGCCAGUGCUGAUUCGCUAGUGGCCCAUCAUACCCCAAUUGUGUAUAAGGGAACGAUGAAAAAGCGACUAGCGCUUCACCAACCUGCAUUGGCUUGCAGGAUGCCCCUCAAUAUUUUUUGUGGUAAUUUUUUGUCUGCCUCGUCUUUGUGGACUCUGCAGCUGAGGCGGCCAUUCGCCAGUGAAGAAGGUGAAAGACAGUUGUUUUCUCGAAGUUCCUCGGAAGAUUUCGGGAAAGAGGAGUCUGGUAGAGGAGGCUUGCAACAAAACGAAGGCUACUCAACACAGGAGGAGACCUUUCGAAGUGCUUCAUCGGGAGAGACCCUGCCAACCCCUUCGGUGCAACCAGCCAAGCGGCUCUCGUGCUCGCCGCUCAAUCCUUUAGUGCAAGAACUGCUUGGUUUCUCCUCGUACGAAUUUGGCUCGGCACCGGAUAUCCGAAGAUCCACUGUUGUGGAACAUAGUGGCUGCCCAACAGCUAAGACGUCACAGAGCCAGGCCAGGGAGGAGAGUAGCGAAUUGAACUCCAACACUAUGCCGAAGCCAAGGAGACCAUGGGCGUGUGGGGAGCCGGUUUCGGUAGCCCAAGAUGAAUCAAGAUCGGCCGUUCGUACGUACAUUCACAGGCCGGGCUGCAGGUGCUCACUUUGUUUGCCGGCGUGGGGAGUGGCGGGACAUUCGGGAGGCGCACCCGUUGAACGGCAUGGGGACACAUACUCUUCUCUUGAAAUUCCAACUCCUCGACUUCAGGCAGGACUUCCAGUAGUACCUUCUCCACCAGGUGGCUAUGCAGCAGCCUCUCCAAUGCGUAUCUUUUCGUCACCUUUGGGUCCCUACCCAGGCUAUGGGCCUGGUAACGGAAACGCCAUCCGAGUCGAGUCGCCGACUCGCGUGCAGUACGGCGUGGGUGAACGUGUCACGGCACCCCCUAGCUAUUUUGAUCACCAAGGAGGGAAGUUUUCAAUUCCCACAGUGCAGUCGGUCUACCCAGUUGAAGGGCUGCAGACACCGCGCGUGCAAACAGUUUCCUGCAACCAGCCUGUCCGGCAGACACAGAGUUCCCACCCAUCGGCCAGCUAUCCUCUCACAGCAGACGAAAACUAUCAAAAAGGUUAUUCCCAAGGAAGGCAGGCAUGCGUUCCUUCAGAUACGCCAACGCGCGAUCCGUUGCAUAGCAAAAGCCCCAUAUCUGCAGUUUCAAGCAGGGACGUCAGUUUUGAUGAAUCCGAGAAACUCCGGGUGCAGCAAGAGCAACAACAGAAGGAGGCAGACGAACUGAGGCGAAGACAAGAGGAACUGGAGAAGGAGCAAAAAAAGCUAAGGGAGGAGUUAGAGCUGGAGAGACAGCAGUUGAAGGAGCAGCGAGAGCGCCUGGAAGAGCAACGGCAAGCAUUUGAGCAGGAAAAACAGGAGCUGCUGCAUGCGCAGCUGCUGGCAACUUCCAAGGGCAGGAGUAGAGGACUUGAGUCAAGCAGCAGUGUCGGCAAGGGCAGCCCGGAGAGGCUGCCAGUUAACAAUACGGAGGACGCUUUUGAUCUUCCACGGAAUACAGCGGCUCGUACGCAGCAUGGCCCUCCUAUCCGGCAUACGACGUCCACUUCAAAUAUCGUUCGUUCCAUUACUGGUUCCGGUUUUGGCGAGCUUCAGUCAGACACACGGCAUGGUGGUUCGGCAGUGGAUGCAGAUGGCACAGAAGAAAAGGCGUCGAACGCAGUAGCUGGCCGUCCUCAAUCUCUCCACCCCACAGCUUCAUGUGCUCGCUUCUUUAGUCGCACAGCAAGCGUUGACACAAAUGAUGAGAAAGAGCCUGCUUUGAGCCUUCAAGACGAUUUGCAGACUGAUCCUUCAAUGGCGCUCUCCACGGCUUUGGACAAGCUUGCCAAGAUUCGAAUGAAGCUUGAGACCCUCCAGCAACAACUGGAGGUGCAGUCACAGGAGGUGACAAGUUACUACAGUGCUCUCAAAGCGGCUGACCAAGUUCACAGCUCCCUGCAGCAGACUGCCGCCGAUUGCCGUGUUUGCUACGGAAGACGACACACACAAAUGCAAGAGGUUGAGAAGCGUCUCAUUGUCCUGACGGCCCAAGAUCUCCAUCCUUGUUCCGUGGACGAGCUUGAAGAGCUUGCGCAAGAAUUGGAAGGAAGUGUGUCCAAACAUUUUCCGUUGAGUAGGGCUGCCCAGUACAAGUUGACAGUUGUCCAGGCGCAGAGAGCAGGCGGGUCGGCAGAAGAAAGCCACAAGAAACCAAAACAACUGCUGCCGUACUCCUCCAGCUGCCUUCCAGAUCCCAAGUCUUCAUUUGCCAUCCCCGAGGAGCCUGUCGCCAGAAUUGGCCCUGAAGAGUGCGCUGCGGUACAAGAGUCAGCCUUACAGGAAAUCAAGGCUUUAGGAGACGAUCUGGAACAUAUUAAAGCCGUUCAUUCCGAGUACAAAAAGGCUUACAAGAGGCUACAGGGCACCAUGACCCAGCAAAUAAACAGCUAUGACGUGGACCUGCAAAGGCUAAUCGCUAUAGAGAAAAACUUGGAAGAAAAACUGCGUAGGCUCCUGUUUCUCAACGGGGACGCAAACUAUGCGGAGCUGUCGGAUGCCCAAAUGCAAGAAUAUUUCCGCCUCGUCAACUUAUCAAUCCGCAAGGUCUACAGGGAGAUAGCUCUACGGGAAUCAGGCGAUCGCAAACGAAAUGAACCACGCACCAGCGGAUCAUUAAAUAGCCGUGGCUCUCAUGCCGGAAGUCACCAACACCACCUCGAUGCCCGCGACAAUGAGCCCAACGGAGCACAUAGGCUUGGUGGCGAUGCCGUUGCUUCCAGUUUUUCACCCCCGGGGCAUAAUGUAGAGAGGAGCCAGGCUCAUGGACAUAAUUUCCAGGGCAACCUCGGCGCCGCGCGUAACUGUUGCAAUCCAGUGCAUGUCCCUUUUGUUGCUGGCAGUAGAGCUAGCAGCAUUGCCGCUCAGCGGAUGCUGGCGCAUGACUCCCGUUUAGCACCUCGGCAGACGUCAGUUGAACGUGCCUCGUCUCGUGAAAAAUUCCACCACCGGUGGUUGGCAGAAACAGAAUCUCAUGCCAGCAAAGUGCUGGAUGAAUGA